AUGGCUGACUGGAAAGUGCGAGCCAGACACGUCAUACCAAAACGGCGUAACAUUGCAGCACUGAUGAUCAAGACGUUGGUUCGAAUGAGGCGAAUGCCAGGGUCUAUUUGUUUCCAGUUCCUGUUGCCUGUAAUUCAGAUCUGUCUGAUGUGCUUGUGUAUUGGUGGAAACCCUAAAGACAUUGAUGUGGCUGUGGUCAAUAAUGAAAGCAGUCCCAGUGCCUAUAGUAGAUCACUGCUGUCUUUCCUUGACAACACAAGCAUCUACCAGGUGAGCUUGUCUCAUUCUGAAGCUUUUGCUGGUAUCCGUAAUGGGGAAUAUUGGGGUGUCAUAGAGUUUGGGGAGAAUUUCACCAGCUAUCUAACCAAAAGGAUGCUGCAGCCCAGAGUCUCCAGAGAGGUGGUUAAUGGAGGAUCACUACAUGUUUGGCUGGAUCUGACCAACCGACAGAUUGCUCUAAUGCUGCAGAAAAGGCCUUUGAGGUGA